AUGCCUCAUCGAAAGGCGGAAGUUAAGACCACUGAUUUGCCCGAUGACAUGCAACAAUUCGCAGUGGAAGUAGCCUUCGCUGCCAUCAAAACGGGUGGUGAUAAUCAGGAGAUCGCUUCCUUCAUUAGAAAUGAAGUGCUUCGGGAGUUCCCGGGAAAUUGGCAUUGCAUCGUCGGUAGCAAUUUUGGAAGCGAGGUAACGCAUGGCAAACGUGGAUUGAUAUUCUUUAAACUUGCUGGCCACGGAAUCUUACUUUUCCGAACGGUAUAG